AUGAGUAGUGGAUUUGGUACCAACGGAGGGCGAGGCCGGUGUUUCUCCUUCUUCCAGGAGUUUGCUAAAUGCUAUGUCGGGGCUAUAGACCCAAAGGGCGAAUGUCAAUGGGCAUUUGAAGAUUAUAGAGAAUGUUUAUACCAUAGAAAAGAGCUACUACGGCUCUCACUCGUACAAGAAGAAUACGAAAAGAAACAUUCGCCAAAGAAGGAUGGUGGGAUUCUUGCAUCGCUGGGACUGAAAGCAUGA